AUGGCUUUUCGGGUGCGGUCAGUGACUCUUCAGCGAUGGAGUCACGGUUCUCGCUCCCGAUUGCUAGGCUCAGUUCGCGGUCUGGCCACUGUUUCUGAUGGUUCACGGCCAUACGAUGUCGUCGUCAUUGGAGGUGGACACGCUGGCUCGGAAGCCUGCGCUGCUGCAGCUCGCUCGGGUGCUCGCACUGCAUUAAUCACACCCUCGCUCUCUAACAUCGGCGUAUGCUCGUGCAAUCCAAGCUUUGGAGGAAUCGGAAAGGGCACAAUGAUCCGGGAAGUUGACGCAAUGGACGGUGUUGCAGGGCGCAUAAUCGACAAAGCGGGUAUCAUGUUUCGGAUUCUCAACAGAUCGAAGGGGCCUGCAGUUUGGGGCCCUCGCGCUCAAAUCGAUCGUGACCUGUACAAAAGAUACAUGCAAGAAGAGCUACUCGCAACCGAAGGGCUGAGUGUGUUGGAGGGGAAAGUUGCAGAUAUAGUGGUGUCAAAAGAGGGCGUAGAGGAUGUGCCCGGAGCGCAGGGCAAAAUCGUCGGAGUAAGGCUGGAGUCUGGGGAGGUCAUACCUACUAGCCGAGUGGUGAUCACAACAGGGACCUUCUUGGGCGGAGAAAUCCAUAUUGGAAUGACUGUAUACCCGUCGGGCCGCAUGGGUGAGGCCGCUACGUUUGGACUAAGCAAGUCCCUUCGUGAGGCUGGGUUCCAACUUGGUCGUCUGAAGACUGGGACUCCUCCUCGACUGGAUGCCAAGACGAUCGAUUUCAAAUCCCUCGAAGUUCAGAAAGGCGACUCACCACCGCAACCGUUUUCCUACCUCAACAAUACGGUUCAAGUUGGUGAUGAAGGUCAACUCAACUGUUGGAUGACCCAUACCAACGAGGCCUCUCACGACAUUAUCCGUGCUAACUUGGAUAAAUCCAUCCAUAUUCGCGAAACUGUCAGAGGACCGAGGUACUGCCCUUCCCUUGAGUCAAAGAUCAUCCGCUUUCAGGACAAGAAGCAACAUCUCAUCUGGCUGGAACCAGAGGGAUUUGCUCCCAACGAUGUUAUUUAUCCUAACGGAAUCUCUAUGACUGUUCCGGAAGACGCUCAGUUCGCUAUGCUACGGACAGUUCGCGGAUUGGAAAACGUGCGCAUGCUUCAACCAGGUUACGGAGUGGAAUACGACUAUAUCGAUCCUCGUAACCUCUGGCCUACUCUGGAAACGAAACUGAUCAGUGGACUCUACCUCGCUGGCCAGAUCAACGGGACAACCGGAUACGAAGAAGCCACAGGACAAGGAAUCAUCGCCGGUACCAACGCCGGUCUCUCCGCCCAAGGCCGGUCGCCACUCACGCUUACUCGGUCAGACGGGUUUAUUGGAAUCAUGAUCGACGACCUCAUCACCAAGGGUGUAUCUGAGCCCUACCGUAUGUUCACAACGCGGAGCGAGUACCGUAUCUCUACGAGAUCAGACAAUGCGGAUCUACGCCUAACACGAAAGGCUCGCAACGCCGGUGUCGUCUCCGACAAACGCUGGCGACAUUUCACCGACACCGAGGCUCAGAUCAACGAGCUCCAGACUCUUCUCGCCAACACAAAAAUGUCCUCUAACGCAUGGUCUCGUAAAGGCUUCAAGGCCCGAGUAGACACCUCGAUCCGUUCAGCACUGGACCUCCUCUGCCUCGACGAAGUCGAAAUUGAUGCCUUAAUCCCCCACAUCGAAUCCCCUUCCGGAAAGGUCUACACUCCCUCUUCCUUUGCCCCAGAAAUCCGAACCCGUGUUGCUAUCGAACGCCGGUACGCCCCCUAUGUCGCACGACAAGAGACAGCAGUCCGCAAGUUCCUGCAGGACGAAAGCCUACUCCUCUCCCCUGACUUGGACUACUCCAAGGUGCAAGGCAUCAGCACAGAGGAAAAACAGGCUCUCGAACGCGUCCGACCCGUCAGCGUUGGUAUGGCCCGCCGGAUCGAAGGUGUCACUCCCGCAGGUGCCUUACGCUUACUUGCUCAUGUCCGGAGAACCGGUCCACCACCUGCGAGUGAGAACCUAGAAGAGACCCCGGAUGACAUCCUCCAACAAGCUCCUUAG